AUUAGAUUUAUAUUAUUUUUUUUAUUUAUAACGCUAAAGAAACUUACUACUCAUCUCUAUUUAGUUAGUAUCUAUUUAGUACUCGAAGAUGAUUGAGGACUUAUUUACUUACUACUGAAAUUGAAUGGAAUAUAUAUGUAUAUAUAACCGUUGAUUUGGGGGAAACGAUUUUUAAACAAAAGUAUUUAUUAACCUACUAAACACAAAUGAAAGGUAAACUAACAUAUUUCAACAUAUUUUUUUAAAUAUUGAGUGUUUGUUAAUAUUUUGAAAAUAAACAGAUUAAAAAUAUAUAACCGUUGAGUUGCGGAAACGAUUUUUAUACAAAAGUAGUUAUGACCUAAUAAACACAAGUGAAAGGCAAAAACUAUCAACACAUAUCAACAUAUUUUUUUAAUACUCUGAAAGCAAACAGAUGAAAAAAUGAUAAUUUUUACAUGAAUUAUUUUUAUAAGAAAUCAUAAUAUAAAUACAUCACCUUAAAAGAUAUAAGUCAGUUCAAGAAAUAACACCAAUAGCAACAGUCAACCACAUAAAGAAGACCAUGGAUAGUCUAAGAUUAUUGAACAACACAUCUAAGGGAUUUGGAAAAUUGAACCAAUUGCAGAAGGAAAAAAGGUAUAAAAUUAUUAACUUUAAAAUAAUAACAACAAGAUUUGGAGACGCGGUUCUGGUGAAUUUAUUGGAUGAAGGAGAUGUUAUUUUACCAAAACGGUUUAACAAUUUAAAGGACAAUUUGGAUGAGUUAAACGAAAAUCUGCUAACAAAAGACAUAUAUUUAGUUAUAAAAAAUUCAACUUCAACAUAUCUAGAAGUUGAAUUUAUAGAAUAGUAUAUUAAUAAGUGUAUAUUGUAUAUUGUUACAGACAACGUCUCAUAAAACUUCAUUACAAUAUUAAAAACACACUAAGUAAUUUGGAUAAAAGAAUGAAAUAUUAUGAAAUGUUGGAAAUGUUUAAGAAAAUAAAGAUCAAUAAAUAGUGUAUAAAUCAAUAUAUUUGUUUUAUUUGUUAGUAUUAUGUAUGUCAAUUCGAAAGUGAUAAUUGUUCCAAUUAAACAGUUUCACAACAAUUAAAAUAUAAACUGUAUAAAUCAAUACAUUUUUUUAUUCUAUUUACUAAUACUUAUUACGUAAGCAUAAUCCCCUACUAUACACCUACUAUAGCGAUAAAAAAACGAUUCAUAUAUAUUAGAAUCAAGUCGUUGGUGAAAGUUAGUUACAGUACGCAAGUUAAGUAGAUCCUUUGAUAAAAAUUUAUCAUUGCGUUUAUAUUUUUAAGAAAAUGUUUUCUUGUGAAAAAUGUCAACAAGUGUUUUCAUUAAAAUGCAAUUUGAAUCGACAUAUGCGUAAUAAGCAUUGUGUCGGACUGCAACUCAUAUGCUCAAUAUGUCAAAAAAAAUUCAGGCGACAAGAUGCCUUUGUUCAACAUCAGAGAAGUAUCCAUGGUAUUGAACCUCAACGAAAAGAUCCACUACCAAAUUUAAUACAAAAUUCAACACAUCGAGAUUUCGAUGAAUCAGCAGCAAGUACGUCAGCUUCGAAAAGUAAGAUUAAAUUAACAAAUAAACUAUGUGACGUAUGUGGAAAGUUCUUCUCAUCUCACGCAACCCUUGCGGCACAUCUUCGAUCAGAACACAUAACAUCUAUCGAAAAGGAUGUUGAGCAAGUAUCAACGUGUUACAAAAAUCGUGUUGCCUGCUAUAAAAUUGGGGGAGUUGAAGCCGACGAUGAUAUUCCAUCAUACCUCACAAGAUCCCGAGAAACGGUUCGUAGACUUAUAAACAAUUAUAUUAGUGAUAUUAGAGGAUUAGUUAAAGCUCAAAUUGAACUAUUGGCUGUUUUUAUAAAAUCCAGCUUUAAUGAAAACGGUGAAGAGGGAGUGAUAGCCUCCAUGAAGAAUUUCAAUACAAAAUUUAAAGUAAUUACGUCUAUAACCUUCGAGGAAAUUUACGAUAAGAUGAUUAGAGAUAUUAUAAAACAGAGUGAGGAUUUCCAGGAGCAAGGGUCUGGAUGGGCUUUCUUCUCCGUAUCACACCUUUUGCUUAACGUUAACAAAUUCCAACCAAUACCUGGAUCAUCAUAUAUUCGUUUACCUUCGGAAAUUAUUAAUAAAAAAGCCUGUAUCAAUAUAAAGAAUAAUGAUAACGCUUGUUUUGCAUGGUGUUUGACGGCGGCUCUUCAUCCCGCUCAAAUAAGUAAGGUUCGUACUUCAAGCUAUCCUCAUUACUCUCAAGGGCAUUUUGUUUUAAUCAAAAAUUUAUCACGACUUAUUUCUAAGCAUAUAGCAAAUCAUAACGGCGCAAUACGUCUUUGCGACGGGUGUUUAACUCGGUUUUCAUCUGCCGACAAAUUAUCUAGACAUCAACAAUACGAUUGCAACCAUAUAACGACCAUUUUACCAUCGAAGAAUUUAAAAUCAAUACCCAAUUUUAUGGGAAAUUUAAUGCCGGAAAAUAUUUUGGAAUUUAAUAAUUAUAAAAAUACUCAAAUGGUUCCAUUUGUUAUUUACGCUGAUUUUGAAUCAAUUUUAAAACCAAUCGAGCAUUGUGAACCCGAUUUCUCCAAGUCUUUUACAGAAAAAGUUGACAUACAUCAACCAUACAGUUUUGCAUACUAUAUCGUUUCUACUGUAGAUGGUACUUGUUGUAAAUUUGAAACCUAUACCGGCCUCGACUGUCCCAAAGUUUUCAUUUUAAAAUUAAUGGAAGAUGUUAGAUAUAUUUAUCACAAAUAUAUAAAAUAUGUAAAACCCAUGACCCCCUUAACUGUUGAAGAACAAGUUGCAUUUGAAGCAACAAACAUUUGUCACAUCUGUAAAACACCUUUUGGAGAAGAUGUAGUUAAGGUGCAUGAUCAUUGUCAUAUAACUGGUAAAUAUAGGGGCCCAGCCCAUGUUGUAUGUAAUCUUAACUUUAAAAUUCCCAAAUUUAUCCCUGUAUUCCUACAUAAUUUCAGCUGUUAUGAUGCACAUUUAUUUGUUAAAGAGAUGGCUGACAUUGAUGAUGUCAAUGGUAUUGAUGUUUUACCUAAUAAUAAAGAAAAAUAUAUAAGUUUCAGUAAAAGCGUGCUAGUUGAUCAGAUACAGAAUCAAUCCCGUUUUGAAAAUCGGAGUUCGGAAUCGGCUAAGGUUAUGGCGUGUGACCUCGACCUCAUGAAUAAGGUCACGCAGCUGUCAGAAAAAAGUCAACAUCAACAACAAUUUGGAAAAAUUAGGCAAAAGAGGGCGACAACAUCAGCUGAUAUAAUGAGUUUAUCAAAAAAGGGGAGACAAUCUCAAAUUAAUGAGCAUCACGACACUAUAACAAUUCAUCAAAGCGAUAAGCCUCUAUCCAUUGACGAGAUGGGUCAAAACUUCAAUGACUAUUCAAUCAAUGGAGAUAAUAAUAUUCAAAGUCCUAUUGACGAGUAUAUUCAGAAAGUGAACAGAGCCCCACUAUAUUCAGAGUCGGUGUACUUUUUAAAUAAAAGCCACACAAAAUGGUUGGCUGUGGGGUUAUUAGCCGACCUGCACUUUGAACCAGUAAUAAGAAUAAUGGGUAAAGGUCAGUGUAUAACGUUAAAGCAAACCGAGUGGAACAAUAUGUUGUGUCAUAAAUCCACAAUAACGAAUGGUUUCGGAAGUCAAACUUCGUUAAAUUUAGCUUUCUCUGGUAUUACAUUUUCUUGCGAUUGGAUUGAGAAUAUUCGAAAAGUUUUAAAAUUACAACGAGGUAUUGAACAUCUACUCCUGGCAUAUGAUUCUGUUCACGAACUAUGGAAGAUUAGUGAUGUGGUUUCUAAUCGCUUAGAAUUGCUAAAAAAUUUGAACUACAAAAGCUAUUACGAUGAAAUUAUUAACGCAGUGUCUUUAAUGUGUGAUGAUGUUAAACAAUGUGUAAUAUCG